CAGAAGGCCGCGCGCGGGCCGCGGCGGAGGCAGGUGGGCCCCAGGCCCCGGCUCAAGUGAUAUCGGUACCGGCCGGGACCCGCGCUCAGAGACGCGGUCUCGCUACGCCCGCGCGGGCGGGACCCAGCGAUCGGCACCAUGACCCUGUUCCACUUCGGGAACUGUUUCGCCCUCGCCUACUUCCCGUACUUCAUCACGUAUAAGUGCAGCGGCCUGUCCGAGUACAACGCCUUCUGGAAAUGCGUCCAGGCCGGGGUCACCUACCUCUUUGUGCAACUUUGCAAGAUGCUGUUCCUGGCCACUUUCUUCCCCACUUGGGAAGGCGGCAUCUAUGACUUCAUAGGGGAGUUCAUGAAGGCCAGCGUGGACGUGGCCGACCUGAUAGGCUUGAAUCUCGUCAUGUCUAGGAAUGCCGGCAAGGGGGAGUACAAGAUCAUGGUGGCAGCCCUGGGCUGGGCCACCGCAGAGCUCAUUAUGUCCCGCUGCAUCCCCCUUUGGGUCGGAGCCCGAGGCAUUGAGUUUGACUGGAAGUACAUCCAGAUGAGCAUCGACUCCAACAUCAGUCUGGUCCAUUACAUCAUCGCGUCCGCCCAGGUCUGGAUGAUAACACGCUAUGACCUGUACCACACCUUCCGUCCGGCUGUUCUCCUGCUGAUGUUCCUCAGUGUCUACAAGGCCUUUGUCAUGGAGACCUUUGUCCACCUCUGUUCCCUGGGCAGCUGGACAGCAUUGCUGGCCCGAGCGGUGGUGACGGGACUCCUGGCCCUCGGCACCCUGUCCCUGUAUGUUGCUGUCGUCAAUGUGCACUCCUAGGCUUGGUGUUCAAGCACUCACAAAUACCUGCUCCCUGUCACCAGGUUUCAGUGGAUUAAACCAUAUUU